AUGAUUCUGCUAGUGACGUUCCUGUGUCUCGCAGCUGUGCUGUCUCCAUCCACUGCACAGGAAACUGAAGGUUUUGAUGAUCUGUCAACUAGCAAAGUAGAUCAGCAAAAGCUGAUUGUUGACAAACAUAAUGCCCUCAGGAGAGGGGUAAACCCAACGGCCAGCAACAUGUUGAGGAUGCAAUGGUCUCCUGCAGCUGCAAAGAAUGCCCAAAAUUGGGCCAAUAACUGUACCUUAAGUCACAGUCCUGCUAACAUGAGGAGAACCACUGUACAAUGUGGUGAAAAUCUCUUCAUGUCAUCCGCCCCUUUCCCAUGGUCAGAUGUUACUCAGGCCUGGUACAAUGAGGAGAAAGAUUUCAUAUAUGGAACUGGAGCAAAAAGACCAGGUGCUGUGAUUGGCCACUACACUCAGGUAGUUUGGCACAGUUCUGGACAAAUUGGAUGUGCUACGGCUUACUGUCCCAACAGUAAAUAUAAACACUUUUAUGUCUGCCAGUACUGCCCUGCGGGGAAUCUACUAAGUUCAAUUAAGACACCCUACAAAAAAGGAGAACCCUGUGGUGAUUGCCCGAAUGCUUGUGAGAAUAGAUUAUGCACCAAUCCUUGCAAGCAUCAAGAUUUCUUUGGAAACUGCAGAAAUCUGAAAAUGUUGUUUAGCUGUAACCAUUCACUGGUGAAGGAGAAGUGUCCUGCUACCUGUAGAUGCACCACUCAAAUCAUAUGA